UUGGCCGCGUGGAAAGAAAGGAGCUGUCAGAGAAAGUGCAGAAGAAAAACCCAAAAGAAACAGGAAAUUCAAUAAGAAUAUACCCACCAUUUCCCCAAAAAGAAAACAACAAACAAAGGUAUAAGCUAGCCAGUAGUAGCAGAGGAUAACAUCAUCAAUUGGGCAAUCCUUAAAACUUUAGCUAAAUUAACGGUCAACUCAUCUUCCUCGCUCUUCUAUGUUGGAUCUCACUUCUUGAAAAAGAUGUCUUGGAAGAGCAGUAGCGGGGAACAGAAUGGUGGGCGGUUGUUGCGCGACAUUGAAGAAAUUAGUAAAGCCCUUUAUGUACAUAAAACCCCUCACAAGGCUUUAACUUUUCAAGCAGAUCAUAGGCAUGAUUCUUUUGGUGAUACCUAUAGUUCUAAAUCCAGUUCCGAUGUUGUACCUGAUGACAUGCUGCGUAAACAGAAGAAAUCAUCAAUGUGGAGUUGGAAUCCACUAAAGGCUCUAACUCAUAUCCGCCAUCGACGGUUUAAUUGUUGUUUCUUUCUUCAUGUUCAUGCCAUUGAAGGAUUGCCUGUCAAUUUCAAGGACCUUGCUUUGUGUGUAAAUUGGAAACGUAAGGGUGAAGUGAUGAGAACUCGCCCUGCUCAGGUUUGUCAGGGAACAGCUGAGUUUGAAGAGACUUUGACACAUUCCUGUUCUGUAUAUGGAAGUAGGACAGGACACCAGCAUUCAGCAAAGUAUGAGCCUAAGCAUUUACUGCUUCAUGUUUCUGUGAUAGGGGCUCCAAGCCUUGAUAUUGGCAAACAUUGGGUUGAUCUUACGAGGUUGCUUCCACUUACCCUGGAGGAGUUAGAGGAGGGAAGAAGGAAUUCAGGGAAGUGGACCACGAGCUUCAAGCUUUCAGGAAAGGCUAAAGGUGCAAUGCUGAAUGUUAGUUUCGGGUUUUCUGUAUCAGGGAGUAACUCGAUUGAACCUAGUCAGUUCGUACAAGCCAUCAAAUCUGCUGCAAUAGAUCAUUCCUCAGAAUGUGAUGGGACUAGUAGUAAUAGAAUGCUUCGGAGGGUUGGAAGUGUUCCCCACAAGCCUGCUGGUAUGACUCAUUUUUCAUCUAGGUCACUGGAUGCUAGAAGUUUUGAUGAAGUUUUAUCAGACCAAAAAUCAGAACUUUCUCGAUCUAUUACUUUUCUGUAUAAAAAACUUGAGGAAGGAAAAUUGGAGAAAUUAGAUGAAUUAGAUUUCUUAUAUGAACAUUUAGAACCCUUAAAACCAAACUCUGGUGCUUUGUCUCAGCCUUAUGCUGAAAGUACCAGGGAUGAUCAACAUAUUGAGUUUACUGUCAGUGAGCUGGGCAUGGAAUCUUCUAGGAAAGAGCCGUUGAAACCAGAAGUAUGUUCUUAUGAAAGUUGUGAUGAUACUUCAAUAGAAACUACUGAUGUUGCUUACAUUUUGGAGGAUACAAGUAAUGAGAAAAGUGAAUACAAUCAAAAGCAUGAAAGCAAUGAUGUCGCGGUGAAGAGCAGCAACUAUGAGGAGCCUGAUGUGUGCGAGGAUGGAACAUUUGAAGAGCUUGAAGCGAUUUUCCUAGACCUGUUGACUGCUGAGUCUGCAGAGUUGGAUUCACCAGUAGAAAUCUUUGAUUCCAUUGACCAAGAAAACUACAUGAAUCUGAAGUCCAGCUAUAAAUCCAGUAGGCGGGUGAAAUCGCUUAGCCUAGAUGAUGUUAUAGAGUCUGUGGCAAAUGAUUUUCUAGAUAUGUUGAACAUUGAGCAGACGUCAAUUGACUUGAGUUUUGAUAGUUGUCCGGAUUCGCCAAGAGAAUGCCUUUUGAGACAGUUCGAAAAGGAAGCCCUUUCUUCUGGAAACCCAAUUUUUGGUUUUGAUGCAACAGAUGAUCAAGUGGAAUUCAGUGGCAUUGCUUCAAGUGUUCAUGGAAGAGUUGCAUGUUCUGACGACUUUGAUUUGUCAUCGGUUAUUAAGGAUUUUGAGAAGGAGCACAAGCGGGGUACCCAGUCAUUGAGGAGUAAAAGGAAUGCAAAAAUGAUAGAAAACUUGGAAACUGAGGCUUUAAUGCGAGAUUGGGGUUUGAAUGAGAAAGCAUUCCAGAAUUCACCACGCACCAGCUCUGGUGGGUUUGGAAGUCCAAUCUAUCUUUCCCCUGAAAGACCAUUAGAAUUACCUCCUCUUGGGGAGGGCUUAGGUUCCAAAAUGUGCACGCAUAAUGGGGGCUUCUUAUGUUCAAUGAGUCCUCAACAUUUUAGGAAUGCAAGAAAUGGUGCAAGGUUGACCAUGCAGUUUUCCAGUCCAGUUGUGCUCCCUGCUGCAAUGGGUUGUAGUGCUAUGGAAAUACUCAGCUGCUGGGCAUCUGGGGGAAUUUCCAAAAUGUCUGUUCAAGCGGAUACACUGAUGCCUUUAGAAGAUAUCACGGGGAGGAAUAUACAAGAAAUGGCCUGGGAAGCCAGAUCCAGAAUUGAACCAGAUGAGAGGUUCACUUUUUGGCAUGGCUUAUUUGGUAUGAAGAAGGGCAGUGAAGAUCUGUUUUUAAAUCGGAGUUCUGGUCAUCUGAAUUCAACCUCAAUAAUUGAUGAUGUAGAUUUAGGUUGUGUGUCUAUGGAGGAUCUAGCUCCUUUGGCAAUGGAUAAGAUAGAACCUCUUACAGUAGAAGGGUUAAGAAUCCAGUCAAACUUGUCAGAUAAUGAAGCACCUUCAAGCAUUAGGCCUCAACUUAGUGAAGUUUUUGGUUCUAAUAUAGCUGGCGUAUUACAGCAUUGGAGUGGCAAAGAAAGUGAUGAUGACGAGGGUGAUUUAGUGGAGCUGUCUGUUUCACCAGAUGAAUGGUUGAGGCUGGAUGCUGGAGAUUUCAGUAAUAAUCCUGAGAUCAAAGAAAGAAUCACCAAAAUAUUAGCAGCCCAUCAUGCUAAGUCCCUUGGUUUAGAUAGUUCAGGACUGGCAACAGGUAAAGAAAGGUCGGAAUUGUUGGGUAGAGAGUGUGGUCAACUGUGUAACAACUUGACUUUAGCUCUGAGGGUUCAACUCAGAGAUCCUUUGCGUGACUAUGAGAUGGUCGGCAUCUCCAUGCUCAUUCUGAUUCAAUUAGAGAGAUCUUAUGCUCCUGUUGAACAAUAUUCCUGCAGCAGAACAUCAGAAAGAAAUUCAAGCUGUGAAAAUGAUCCGAAGGAGCAAUUUUUUCAGGAAGAAACUAUUGCUGGAGAAAGUGAGAGAGGAAUCCAUAGGCAGGCUGUUUCUCAGUUUAGGAUAACUGAAAUUCAUGUCGCAGGUUUUAAUGUUGAGCCUAAUGAUGAACAAGUUUGGAGCACAAAAAGACAGCAACAAGCUGGGACGCGGUGGUUACUAUCAAGUGGCAUGGGGAGGACAAGCAAACGUCCGUUUUCCAAGUCAAAUGCCAUCAUAAGAUUGUCGCCGCAGAUAAGGAGAACUAUGCGGCCUGGAGAUGCUUUGUGGAGCAUCUCAUCGGAUUUUCAUAUUAGAGAUUCCAAAUGGAAAGAGUUGGCAACAACAAAUGUCCAUAUACGAAAUCCUGAUAUUAUUUUUCCAACUGAAGGUUGUCCAAACCCCAGUCAUUUGGGAAUCAAGUUAUAACACCCUCUUUCUACACAUGUAUAUUUUUUAGUUUUGUAUAUGAAGUGAAGAUAAUCUCUCGAUCAUGUUGAUGUAAAGUAGCUGAACAAAGUUUCACUGCAUAGCAUUAUCUCCAAGCCAUUUCCUUUGUUGUAAUGGUUGUUAGCAUUUCGAGAUGUUCGCUUAUAACUAUAACAAAGUUUUUGGGGCUCUCAUGCUGUUCUUCGUAUGUUGUAGACCAACUUUCUUGAAACUGGUUAUUUCUACCUUCUUUCCCUUA